AUGUCCGUGAUACUAGCUUCGGCUGGGUAUGAUCAUACCAUUAGAUUCUGGGACGCCCUUACUGGUGUGUGCUCAAGAACAAUUCAACAUACCGACUCUCAAGUCAAUCGAUUAGAGAUUACCUCCGAUAAGCGAUACCUCGCAGCAGCAGGAAACUUGUAUGUGAGAUUAUACGACAUACGGCAAGGUGGAGCUAUUGGGAACACAUCAGUUCAGAAUAAUAAUGCCGGGUCAUCAAAUAGCAACAACCCAAACAACAACCCAGUCAUGACCUUCGAAGGGCACAGCACAAAUGUCACGUCAUUAGCAUUUCAAGCCGACAACAAAUGGAUGGUGACAUCAAGUGAAGAUGGAACUGUGAAAGUAUGGGACGUGAGAUCGCCGUCCGUGCAACGAAACUAUAAACAUAAUUGCCCCGUAAAUGAAGUUGUUAUACACCCAAAUCAAGGUGAGUUGAUCAGUUGUGAUCAAGACGGUAAUAUAAGAGUAUGGGACCUUGGUGAAAAUCAAUGUACGCAUCAUUUGAUCCCUGAAGAUGAUGUACCAAUAAACUCACUAAGUGUUGCCAGCGAUGGAUCAAUGCUUGUUGCUGGAAACAACAAGGGUAACUGCUAUGUUUGGAGUAUGCUGAAUCAAAAGGAUCUCACUUCGUUGACACCGGUGACAAAAUUUCGAUCACAUCUGAAGUACAUCACUCGAGUGUUGUUGAGCACAGAUAUGAAACAUUUGGCGACCUGUUCAGCAGACCACACAGCAAGAAUAUGGUCAACAGAACAGAAUUUCGCUUUGGAAACCACAUUACAAGGGCAUCAGAGAUGGGUUUGGGAUUGUGCAUUUAGUGCCGAUAGCGCAUAUCUAGUUACUGCAUGCUCCGACCAUUACGUGAGGUUGUGGGAUCUUUCCAACAGUGAGACCGUAAGGCAGUACAAUGGACAUCACAAGGGAGCUGUAUGUGUAGCAUUAAAUGAUGUAUAG